CUUUUGAUGUCAAAGUUGUCGUGUUGGAGAAUAAAAUCAAUGUGAAAUAAACGUGGAAUUAUUUAUUUAAUUUAAAAUUAAUAAUCAUAAUAAAAAUAUUUUUUAAGUGUACAAAUUAAAUCAAUAUAAAUAUGCCUAACAUCGAGGGUUUGUCCCUUACCGAACUGUAUACGUCGGAGAAAAAAGGUAACGACGAAACAGGAGAUGGGACACGAGAAAAACCAUUUAAAACUAUUCUUCAGGCGAUGCGCCAUGCAGGAAAAGAGCCCUUCCCAGCUAUUUACGUAGAUAGCAAAGAUGAGCAUACCGAAUACGAUAUCGCCGCUAAAUCCCAACUGAAAAAAAUACAAAAGAUUUGGGUAAGAGAAAACUAUAAAGCCGCUGACAAAGCUAAAACAGAAGAAGAAAGUCAAGAAAAGAGGCUUCAAAAUUUAGAAGAAGCGAAAAAAAUCGUGAUUACAAAAGAUGAAUCGCUUCCAGAGCCGAAAAUAGUGAAAAUAGUUGAAGCUGGUGAGCAUCGUGGUGAACGUCUGUGCAUCAAAGGCUGGGUACACCGCUUGAGGAGACAAGGUCGUGCCUUAGCCUUCCUGUCUCUGCGAGAUGGCACUGGGUUCCUGCAAUGUAUACUCCAAGGUGUUCUUUGCCAAACAUAUAAUGCAUUAGUGUUGUCUACGGAGUCAUCCGUCAUUGUUUACGGGAAGCUGAGACCGGUGCUUGAAGGAAAGACUGCUCCAGGUGGACAUGAACUAGUUGUUGACUAUUGGGAGCUUAUCGGGCUCGCUCCACCAGGAGGUGCUGACUCCAUACUCAAUGAGGAAGCAUUGCCUGAUGUACAGCUGGAUAACAGGCAUAUAAUGAUCCGCGGUGAGAAUACUUCUAAAGUACUGCGUGCGCGUGCGCUGGUGACGCGCGCUUUCCGCGAACACUUUGAGUCGCGGCGCUACACCGAGGUGACACCGCCUACGUUGGUACAGACGCAGUGCGAAGGUGGCAGUACUUUGUUCAAAUUCAGUUACUUUGGUGAAGAAGCAUACCUAACGCAGAGUUCUCAGCUGUACUUAGAGUCUUGUAUCGCUGCUCUCGGUGACGUCUAUUGCAUCUCUCAGUCUUACCGCGCGGAGCAAUCUCGUACCAGACGACAUCUUGCAGAAUACAGUCAUGUGGAAGCGGAAUGCCCAUUUAUAAAUUUCGAUGAUCUGCUGAACCGUCUUGAAGACCUGGUGGUGGAUGUGGUGGAUCGUGUACUUGCCUCGCCUGAGGCACAUCUCGUAUAUGAACUUAACCCCAACUUUAAGCGACCCCAAAAACCUUUCAAGAGGAUGAUGUAUUCGGAAGCUAUAGAAUACCUUCGUGAACACAACAUCACUAAGGAAGAUGGUUCUUUCUAUGAAUUCGGAGAAGACAUCCCCGAAAUGCCGGAGCGCAAGAUGACUGAUGCUAUCGGAGUACCGAUACUCUUGUGCAAAUUCCCAGCAGCUAUCAAAUCUUUCUACAUGGCCAAGAGUCCCGAAGACCGUCGCCUGACUGACUCCGUGGACCUGCUGAUGCCAGGAGUUGGAGAAAUCGUUGGAGGCUCCCUCAGGAUUUGGGACUACGAUGAACUUAUGGAAGUUUACAAAGGUGAGGGUAUUGACCCCAGCCCUUACUACUGGUACACGGACCAGAGGAAAUUCGGUUCCGUACCACACGGCGGGUACGGAUUGGGUUUGGAGCGAUUCUUGUGCUGGUUGCUCGACCGUUACCACAUCAGGGAGGUCUGUCUCUACCCGCGCUUCCUCGAGAGAUGUACCCCCUAACCAGUGUAACUUGACCCUUGCUGCAUUUUAACUUGCAUUUCUUGUUUUUAACUACUAAAACCAGUUAUCAAGCAUUUUUAAAGCUUAUGUAAGCUUAAUAAAGUUUAUUUCGUG